AUGCCACGAUCUCAGUUCUCUCCUUUCAACGGUCCAGGAAACAAUAAGAAGUCCGAUGGCAAGGAACCCGGUGACAAGGAAUCUGACGAGGCGCUGCCCGAGGACCAGCAGGCUGAGAAGAGUCAAUCGGCUGACGAGGACUCAAGUGACAAGGACUCAAGUGACAAGGACACCGGUGACAAGGAAGUGAGCGAGAAGGAUUCAAGUAGCAAGGAGUCGAGUGGCAAGCAAUCUCAAGGCAAACAGUCGGGAGGCAAAAAUUCGAAGGGCAAGCAGUCCGAUGCUAAUGAAGAUGGCGAGCAAUCGAUUAGCAAGCGAUUCAACGCCAGGUUUGUCAGAAAUGAGAAGCAACGGAUUGCUCGGCAAGAUGAUCGCAGCGCCGCCAACAAUGAACAAUCCGACGACAGCUCCAAUGGCGACCGAGUGACCGCCGAGCCUGUCGACGACAGCGAGGAACCAGACGGCAGGCAAUCUAAUCGUAAGCAGACCAAUCGCAAGGGCCCCAAUAGCAAGGGUUCCAACAGCAAAAACGGCGAUGGCAAAGCUUCCAAUAGCGAAAAUUCCAAGGACAACGAUUUCAAUACCAAGUCCAGUGGCAAGCAGUCGAACCGCAAACAUGCCAGCAACAAUAAUUCUGACGAUGUGGGUAUCAAUGAGGAGGGUUCAGAUAACACGUCCGAUAGCGUGCAGUCGGAUGGCAAGCAAUCAAGCGACGAGAAUUCCAAUGAGGACGACUCUGAUAACAAAUCCAAUGGCAAGAAGCCCAGUGGCAAUCACUUUAACGACGAGGAUACAAACGAUGGAAUUUCCAAUGACGAAGACUCUGAAAGCCAGCCCAAUGGCGAGCAAUCCGGUCGCAAGCAGUCAAACCGCAAACAAUCCGGUCGCAAGCAUGGCAAUAGCAAGCAACCCAAUAACGAGCAAUCUGAUGUCAAGCUCACGGGAGACGAGACUCAUUCAGAUGAGGAGACUUCGAGCGGGAACAAUGAGGAUGGGGAGGUUUCAGGCGACGCCUCUGAGUCGUCCUCGCCCUGA